AAGGACGUACGGACUAGGUUCUGGGCGACUUACGGCCAAGUUGCCAAAGAACACGAUGACGAGUUUUUAGAGCGCAACAACAGUGAUAUGGACAUCGUGCUCAUUUUCUCUGGUCUCUUCUCUGCUAUCAAUACCGCUUUUAUCAUUUCCAUGCAACCCAACUCCACGUCUUCCACUGCAUCAGGCGCGAAGUCCCCCAACGACACGUGGUUUCAGGGUUUGGCGUAUGCUGCAUUGUCGUUCAGCCUUCUCGCUGCUUUCGGGGCUGUACUCGGCAAGCAGUGG